AUGCUAACGAUAGUAGCUACCUCCUCCUCAGGCGCACUCGGGUUCAGACCCACUUCUUUCCUAAUCUGGUAUAAUGUGGGCGGGGUAGGGUCUGGCGUAGCGCCUGAGGACAAAGUAGCCAAAUCGGUCAAAAUCCUGUUCACCAGCAAUCUCACCAAGACUCGCAUUUUGAAUCGCAGCACAACCACACCAGAUAUGCACAAUCUGAAAAAAACGGCUCCAGAUAUCAAUACGAACAAGAUUGAAGUGCACGAGCCCCCUCAGAAAAGGCAGCUCGCCUCCAACGCCGCUCGCAAGUCCGCACCAGCACCGGCACCAGCACCAGUACCAGCACAGCAGCAGCAACACCAGCAGAACGAUGCUGGCUUCACACAAGACGACGACGACGACGACUGGACCGCUGGCGGCCAGCAAUUCAACAAUGACGACGACAUGGUCGGUGGCUCCGGCCAGAACAUCACACCUAACGACGACAACGACGACGAUGAAGUCGGCGGCGGCGACUUCGACAUAGGCUCCGGCCACGACAUGAAUGUCAAAUCAUGUCCUCGGCUUUGA